AUGUGGCUCCCGGGCAUCGUUAUUUUACUCACUAUAGGCCUCUUGCAGGCACUCGGGGUCGUUGCGAUCCCUACUGGUGCGAUCACGGUCGGAUCUGGCGGCAAGUAUUCGACACUGGCUGCAGCACUCAAAGACACGAGCAGCAACGUCUACUACAUCUACGCCGGAACCUAUACCGGCCAAGUUGCCAUUAGCCGCGCCAAUGUGGCCAUCUACGGCGAGACGACAUCCUCGGGUACCUAUACAGGAAACAAGGUCACGCUUACCGCUGCCGUUCCUGCCUCUUCUGCAGGCAGCAACGACGCGAGCGGCACCGUUCGCGUACUCGCCUCGGGCGUCAAGCUUUACAACUUGAACAUUGCGAAUACGUAUGGAAAGUCUCGUCUCACGUAUCCAAAAGCCCGUCUCUCAGUCUCAGGCAAUUGCUUGAGUGUCCAAGCCGGCAACUUUGGAUGCUAUGGAUGUAAAAUCACAGGCACGCAAGACACGCUUCUCGCCAAUGUGGGAACUCAAAUCUAUGCAAAAUCUUACAUUUCCGGUUACGUUGACUUUAUCUUUGGCCAAACCGCAUCGAUCUGGGUCGCAAAGACAGUUAUUGAAACAACGGGCUCCGGAUAUAUCACCGCAUCCGGGAGAAGUUCAGCGGAUUCAAACUAUUAUGUCUUUGAUCAGUGCACCAUCCAAGGGUCUGGUUCAUCCUAUCUCGGUCGUCCGUGGCGCAACUACGCCCGUGUCAUCGUCCAGAACAGCUCUAUCGGAAGUAAUGUUCGCAAGGAGGGCUGGUCUGUGUGGAGCAGCUCGGAUCCUCGGACUGACCAUGUCACCUUUGGAGAAUACAACAACAGCGGAUCUGGUGCAUGGAGCUCCUCCCGCCCAAGCUUCGCGACAAAACUCUCAAGCGGCGUUUCAAUCUCAACCGUCCUUGGCUCUGGAUACACCAGUUGGGUUGAUACAUCAUACCUCUAG